AUGAAGCUGAUCAUGAUCUGGUGGCUUGAAGCUGAGUCUAUAAGCAUAUCUGUUUCGGCAUUGGGUUUAGCCUUUUUACAGAAGGUUUUAGGAAGUGGGUUCAUUAAGAGUGACCCUAGUGCACUCAGGGAGUCAGGUUCCAUGAUAAACAGCCGACUUGGCUUCUCUGAUCUUUCUGGAAUGGCUGAUGAUAAAGCUCAUGGGUCAGUUAAUUCAUCGGAACUUGUAGACAGAUAUUCAAAAGACCCAUAUAUCCUACAACAAGAAAUAUACCCUGCUUCCCCUAGUAGUACUGCUGAGGAGACGUUCCUAAGUCCAGACUCAUCGAUAUCUUCCGGACAUAAAAAGUAUGAAAAUAUCGAGCCCUCUGAUAGCAGCAAAAAUAUAGAGGCAUCUUAUAGCAACAAAAAUAUAGAGGCAUCUUUCAGCAACAAAAAUAUAGAGGCAUCUUUCAGCAACAAAAAUAUAGAGCCAUCUGAUAGCAGCAAAAAUAUAGAGCCAUCUGAUAGCAGCAAAAAUAUAGAGCCAUCUAAUAGCAGCAAAAAUAUAGAGCCAUCUAAUAGCAGCAAAAAUAUAGAGACAUCUUAUAGCAACAGUUCUUCAAACGUAGAGAAAGAUGAUUCAAAGAAACAGCUCGAUAAGUAUGACUCGAAAGUUGGUCAUGUUGACACGGCUGCUCCCUUUGAAUCGGUUAAAGAAGCCGUUUCCAAGUUUGGUGGAAUUGUUGACUGGAAAGCUCACAGAGUUCAGAAAGAUGAGAGACGCAAGUUCAUAGAACAAGAACUCGAAAAGGCAAAUGAGGAGAUUCCGGUGUUUAAGAAGAAGUCCGAGGAAGCUGAAAAAGCCAAAGAGCAAGCGUUACGGGAUCUCGACAGCACCAAGAGGCUGAUCGAAGAACUGAAGCUGAACCUCGAGCGAGCACAAACCGAAGAACGUCAGGCAAAACAAGAUUCCGAACUUGCCCAGCUACGACUUCAAGAAUUGCAGCAAGGGAUCGCGGAGGAAUCAAGUGUUGCCGCCAAGACUCAGCUCGAGGUCGCCAAAGCCCGACAUCUAGCCGCAGCCGAGGAACUGAUUUCCGUAAGAGACGAACUCGAAGAAAUCCGUAAAGAUUAUUCUGUUUUAGUAUCCGAACGAGAUGCGGCUAUAAAGAAAGCUCAAGAAGCCGUUUCUGCUGCUAAAGAAAUCGAGAGAGAAGUCGAAAAUUUGACGAUCCAACUGAUAACAACAAAAGAAUCGAUAGAAUCCACACAUGCUGCCCAUUUGGAGUCCGAAGAACACCGAAUCGUAGAAACUAGCGAUCGAGAUCAAGAAGCUAUAAAUUGGGAGCAAGAACUGAAAAAAUCAGAAGAAGAACUCGAAAAGGUGCACCAACAAAUUCAAUUAGCGAAAGAUCUCAGAUCAAAACUCGAUACAGCUUCAGUUUUGCUUCAAAAGUUGAAAGACGAGUUAGCGGUUUACAUGCAAGCGAAAAUGGCCGAGGACUUGGACGAUAAUGAAUCCAAUAACAGUAACAAGUUUACGCGUAGAGAUAUACAAGCAGGCGUUGCUGAAGCGAAAAAGAAUCUCGAUGAAGUGAACCACAAUAUCGAGAAAGCAACGGAAAACAUCAUGUGUUUGAAAACCGCUGCAAAUUCGUUAUCCGCCAAGCUCGAGAGCGAAAAAGCCGUUCUGAAGAAGAUCCGGAAGCAAAAAGGGUUGGGCUCGGAAGCCGUUGUGUCUUUAGAAUCCGAGAUCAAAAAAACCCGAUCCGAGCUCGAUGAUCUUCGAAGAAAAGAGCAGGAAGCUCGAGAAAAAAUGGCAGAACUCCCGAAACAGCUGAAGAAAGUAAGCGAAGAAGCCGAAAACGCGAAAUCAAUGGCGGAAGGCGCUCGUUUGGUUCUAAAGAAAGCCAAAGAAGCCGCCGAGCAAGCCAAGGCCGGAGCCAAUUCGAUGACGACUAGACUAGCCGCGGCUCAGAAGGAGAUCGAAGCUGCACGAGCCGCAGAAAAGCUGGCUCUCGGAGCCAUUACCGCGCUUCACGAGAGCGAGUCGGCUCGAGGGCCGAAAAACGAAGAACCAAAAGGUGGGGUUACAAUCUCGUUGGAGGAAUACUACGAGCUGAGUAAACGGGCCCACGAAGCCGAGGAAGCGGCUAACAAACGGGUGACCGAUGCCAUGACUCAAAUCGAUGAAGCCAAGGACUCCGAAAUGCAAAGCUUGAACAAACUUACACAACUCAACUCCGAAUUGGCUGCACGAAAAGACGCUCUAAACGUCGCGUUGCAAAAAGCCGAACUCGCAAAAGAAUCGAAACUGAAUAUCGAACAAGAGCUUCAAAAACGGAAAGGCGAAAACGAUCAAAAGAAAAAAGGCAACGGCGCAGGCGGGUUCUUCCGUGGGUUGAGCCAAAAGAACCGCGAUCCACCACCGCAGAAAGACGGCGGAUCGGUAAAGUCGAAGAAUGGUGCACCGGAAGGUAACAGUAACGCCGGUGAUAACUCGCCGGACGGUAAGGGUUCGAAGAAGAAGAAGAAGUCGUUUAUGCCCAAAUUCUUCAUGUUCAUGGGGGGAAAGAAUAAGAUGAAUAUGAAUGUGAAUAUGAAUAUGAAUAUGAAGGGAUUUCACAAGAAAGAUUCAAAAGAUUCUAAAGAUUCUAAAGAUUCUAAAGAUGUGUAA